AUGCCCGUCUUUACCGAAUUUUCCGCGGCCUCGCGCGAACUCCGCGUUCUGCCUUCUUUUGCACCUCCACUGCCACGCCUAGCUCCCUCCGUUUGCCUGGACAGCAAGACCGAAAAGUAUGAGGUUGUGAUUGUAGGAGCUGGUCCAGCAGGACUGAUGCUGGACCUCCUUCUCGCGCGAUAUGGACUCACCGACGACUCCCUUCUGUGCGUUGACUCCAAGCCAACAACACUUAAGUCUGGACAAGCCGACGGCCUUCAGCCACGCACCCUCGAGACAUUGAAAUCACUAGGGCUAGCAGACGAAAUCCUGACUGAGGGUUGUCAGAUGUGGCAGGUGGCCUUUUGGAACCCAUCUGCCGAUAAAGAAAAGAUCAUCGAACGCACCUCCAUCGUGCCCGAUGUCGCCGUUCCAGCCCGCUUCCCGCACGAAGUCACAAUCCACCAAGGUCGAAUUGAGCGCAUUCUGGAAACGGAUCUGCUCCGGUACUCAAAGCGAGGUGUUCAGCGAAACACAAAACUUGUCGACGUGAAGAUUGACGAGGAGGGCGACCCCGAAUACCCUGUUUUAGCGGAGAUCGAAACAGAGGGCCAGCGUCGCACCGUGCGCUCAAAGUACCUGGUCGGUGCCGAUGGAGCGCAUUCAAUGGUCCGUCGUUGUAUGGGACUUACACUCGAGGGCGAAUCACUUGAUCAUAUCUGGGGUGUGGUGGAUCUGAUUGUGGACACUGAUUUCCCGGAUAUCAGACGCCGUUGUGCUAUUCACUCUCCUGCGGGGUCCGUGAUGGUUAUUCCGCGUGAGCGUAUCGCGACUGGUGAUUACUUGACGCGUUUAUAUGUCCAAGUCCCCGGGGAUGUGGACCCAGAUAAUGAGCAACAGCCGGAAGAUACCAGAGCGCGACGGAGCAAAGUGACUGAGAAGACUAUCUUUGAUAAUGCGGCUAAGGCGUUUAAGCCGUAUUACAUUCGACCGAAGACGGAUGGUGCCGUUGACUGGUGGGCAGCUUACCAAAUUGGACAGCGAGUUACUGAUAACUUUUCGGUCAAAGAUUCGAAGGGUGUCAAUCGAGUAUUUAUUGCUGGAGAUGCUUGCCAUACACACAGCCCGAAGGCUGGUCAGGGGAUGAACGUUUCCAUGAUGGACUCAUACAAUCUUGCAUGGAAACUCGCAUAUUCUAUACAUGGCCUCACCCCCGCAUCUGUCGAUGGACAGCCAGACCCUAUUCUCGACACAUACCAAGCCGAGCGUCACACAAUCGCCCAGGAAUUGAUUGAGUUUGACCGCGCCUUCUCUUCUAUGUUCUCGGGGCAGAUUGGGGCAUCAGAGGACGGCGUCGGAGGGCUGACCCAUGAAGAGUUCCUCGAAGUGUUCAGUCGCGGCAAUGGAUUCACCAGCGGAUGUGGGAUUGAAUAUCCUGAAAACAUGGCUGUAGUCCGGGAUUUGAACGGUGGUAGAAACCCAAUCAGUGGCACUGACUACCUGUCCGGACUCCUGCGCCCAGGCAGAAGGCUGCUGAAUGUGCGCCUCGUUAGACAUGCCGAUGGAUACCGCCGUGAUCUACAUGAUGAUUUCAACUCGAUUGGUCGGUUCCGUAUAUUGUGUCUGACAUCUUCGGACCUGCUUAACCCCCAGGGUACUUCUGCUCGUUCGCUCGCCGCUCUUGGUGCUAUCAUUCCUCAGUUCCCACAGUCGGUGCUUGAGCAGGUUGUCGUUCACCCGAAGCUUGAAAGAGACUUCAUGUGGAAUGAUAUCCCAAGGGAAUUGAAGCAGUAUUCUGAGAUGUCAUUCUAUAGUGGAUAUGAGCUGGAUGAUGUUUACAGCUCCUUUGGUGUUGAUCCGGCUCAAGGUACGCUGGCUAUUGUUCGGCCGGAUGGAUAUAUUGGUAUUGUUGCAGAAUUGGGCGAUGUCAAGCGUGUAGAGCAGUACCUGAAGACAUUGAUUCGCACAAUUUGA